CCCAUGCUCUUCGGAGACCUCACUCUUAGUAAUGCGGACGAUGUAUCCCAACUGCUCGCGUUCCUCGGCGCCCGCGACUUCCUGGGCUGCGCUCUCAGAACCUGCAUUCUCCAUCUGGAUCUUGUCGAAGAUCGGGCGCCCCCAGGCAUCCCUUGGAGCCACCAUUUGCUCCUGAGGUUGAGUGGCCAGGCCCUUCUCGUCAAUGCCACAUGGACCAUAAGGAAUUCCCCAGCAGACGAUGAGCUCCAGCAGGCACGAAGGCCGUCGUCCCUUCCGUCAUGGUGUCUACUCCCCAGGACGCUCCCUACGUCUUCGAUACCUCUAUUCCACCUUACCUUGUCUGGUCUACAUAUUCCAUCUGUUCGCGGCCUGGCGAACUUCAUUAAACACCUCCAAGUCAAGCAGCUUCAGCUUGAAAAGAUAACCUUCCUAGAGGCGAACCCCGGAUAUGUCCUGCAUCCGCGAUCCUCCCCCCGAACUUCGCAAAGUGACUUCCACGUUUGCAUCUUGGACUGUAUCAAACAGUCAACAGACCUUCCAUUCUGGAUCAAAUUGGCACAUACCCUCCUGGCCAGCCAACUUCGCUUACCUCUUGACGACGACACUGAGACAAUGAUAAUGAAGCAUCUCCAGCUUUUUGCAUCGCUCCACCAAUGCGAAGAAAAUAUUUCAACAUUGGCAGUCAACUAUAUGCAUCUGGGAAGUGACAAUCUAACUGUGAGUUUCGUUUCCCUGUUCAAGCUGAGCAGACAUGGGAGUAUAGAAAAUGACGCAUCUACAGUAUUGCGAAUAUUACCUGUACAAAACUGGGGCAAGCGCGGGCAGGUUUGCCGAAGUAUGCGUCCAGGAAAUCGGAGCUGUUGA